UACGAUGUGGUUAUACUAAGAUUUUUAUAUUUAUAUUAUAUUUAAUUAAUUGAAUUAACCAUGGAGGAAAUGUAUAACAAACUACCUUGCAGAGAAGAUCAGCUUAAUAAUCUGCUAGAUCUUUUGGGUGAAAGUGACGAACCUUUGCCGGCAAGUUUGUUUGUUAGCGGGAGUAUGGCUACAGGCAAAAGUUUGUGUUUAACAACAGUUUUACAAUAUUUGAACUACAAACAUGUUUUUAUAGACUGUAUUGAGUGUUAUUCACCGAAAAUUUUGUACGAAUCGAUUCUCGCUGGACUAAGUGACGAUUAUAUGGACGUAAAAUGCGAUUCUUUGUGGGAAUUAGUGAAUAAUCUUAACACAUUAGGCAACCAACAAAAUAACUAUGAACCCAUCGUUCUCGUGCUCGAUCGAGCGGAAAGACUUCGGAAUAUCGAUCAAAAUAUAAUAUCCACGCUUUUACGAUUACGCGAAUUUAGCAAUCUCAAUAUUUGCUCUAUUUUUGUAACACAUCUUAUAUAUGAUAAUUUCUAUUUUAAAAUUGGUGUUAGAGAACCAAUCAAACUUUAUUUUCCAAAUUAUAACAAAGAGGAACUGUUUAAAAUAAUAUUUCUUAGCCAAAAGUCAUUCGUGCGUUACUUAACGACUAAUAAUGACUUUGGUUCUGAUAUUAAAGAAGAACUGGAGAGACCAGAGUUGUUCGCAAACUUUCUUAAUGCAUUCUUGAGCGUAUUCUACCGACCGUGUCGAGAUUUAAUUGAAUUACAACACAUGGCAAGAGUCAAUUUUGUAAAAUAUUGCGAACCAAUCAUAAAGAAUGAAAUCAAGCCAAACGAUCUCUCAAAACUUUGGCGGCAUAUCGCUCCUAUAUUAAAGACAAGUUUAGAAUUACUCUAUUUAAGAAUAAAUACAACAAAAACACCAACUCAGGCACAAUCUCCGGGCAAAGAAAACAGCGACGAGGCACAACCACAGAGAUACAAUUUCGACAACAUACUGAAAGAAGAAUUACUGUCAACAAAAACAUUUGCACAAAGCUUCGAAUUGCCAUAUUAUGCAAAAUAUCUAUUAAUAGCCGCAUAUUUAGCAAGUUACAACCCUCCCAAGGAAGACAAACGAUUAUUUAUGAAGAAUCAUGGAAAACAACGCAAAAAACUGCAGCAUGUUAGAGCAAAAGCUAAAAUUAGUGAGAAGUUAAACACACAGCUCGGUCCCAAAGUGUUUACUCUAGAUAGGUUGCUGGCGAUCUUCUAUGCUAUUCUAGAAGAGAGGAUUGGUUUAACAAGUAACUUAUUAGCUCAGAUAGCGACGCUGGUGGAGCUGAGACUAAUAGCGGGAAGUAAAGAAAUUGAUUUAGAUACUUCCAAAUACAAAUGUAUCAUUGGUUACGACUUCAUCUCAGCAGUCGCUCAAACAGUUGGCUUCAAUGUUAGGAAAUAUUUGUAUGAUUUCAUGUGAAUGUUGUAAUUAUUUGUAACUUUAUUUAUUGUAUUGAAUUAAACU